ACAUUUUUUAUCCCUUUACAUUUCUUUUUCUUUUAAAGGUAUACAAAAACAAAACACACACAAUUAUAGACGUUUACCAAAAAACUAGAAAAUCAAACAAAAAGACAACUACAGUAAAAUUCAGGAUCUGGGCAAUUUUUUUUCUUAUCCAUUUUUCUCCGCUGAUAUACUACAUGUAACAUAAAUUUAAACUAGUUUUAUACUUCUAUUUUUAUGAUUAUGGUUUUUCAUUGAAAACCCUAAAUCUCGAAAGUUCAAGAAGACAACAAAAAUCAAUUGAGGGGAAAAUUGAGGAAACAUCCCGAAAAUUCAAUCUUUUUAUAUGGUUGUGUAUCUGAGCUGAAGAAUCUGGUUUCUUUGUUUUUUUUGGUUUGUAUAAAUUUGGGAAUUGAAGAGGCCUCUGUUGUAGUCUUGAUUGGUUAGGGGUAAGAUUGUGUACAUCGAGGUAACGAUGCGAUUUUAAUGGAGUUGGUGGUGGUGGUGGUGGUGGUGGUGGUGAUGGUGUUCUUUUGAGCUGAAGAAUUCGAUUUCUUUGUUUCUGGUGUUAUUUUGGUUGGUUUAGUGUAGUACUAUGAUUUAUCUUCAAUUAUAGAGUAUGAGUUCUUACUGUGGUCUCCUUUAUUGGCAUUGCUAUAGUGUACAGGCUUCCUAUGUUUUCACAAGGUUCAUCUUUUCUAUAUGGUGUAUCUCGAGCCAUUUCGUCCAACAUCUUUGAAGGGUUUCAGCUAGCAAGAAGGUUAAUACCUCUGGGGCUGUAAUGGAGUUACCUUAUGGGGCAGUGAAUGGCAAUGGGUUCUUGGGAAACAAUGGGCACUUAACUCCAAGAAAUUGCUCGCCCCGUUUGUCCUGGCUUGAUUUACGAGUCUUCUAUGUGAGAAUUAGCAAGUGUGAAAUUGAUGAUUCGACUCCGGAACACCUCACUUUGAACCAUAUCCCAUUGGAUCCAAACACCCUUCUUGAAAUAAAUGGUGUUAGAGCUAGUAUAUAUUCUGAUGGUGUAUCGACUCUUCUUCGAAGAGAUCGACUUGAUAAGAAAUCUGAAGAGGCUACAUAUGUGAGUACGGACAGUAUUAGGAUAACGGGUAGUGUGAAGUUCGAGGUCUUUGAUAGGGAUGUUCUUGUGCUUUCAGGGUCUCUAACUAAGUGUGAUAGCAAUGGUUUUAUUGAUGGUAGUGAAUCUGAUCAUGUUUCUCGGAUGUGGAGUAUGAAUUGUGAAACAGAUGCAACAGUGGGGACUGGCUUUUUGAAGGGGAAACAGCUGGUUGUAUCGGAAUUAGCUUCACCAAAUAUUGAAGUGUAUGUUGCUGGAUGUUAUUUGGGCACCCCUAUUAUGUUAACCAAGAGUUUACAUCUGAAUUCUCGGAGGAAGCAGGUGAGAAUGGCAAUGCUGAAUUCAAUACCCGAACAUGACACAACUGAAAGCGAGAAAGAGUCUCCUCCUCGGCUUCCAGUGCAGGUGGAAAAUGAAGGUUAUAGUAAUCUUUAUUCAGGUACCGAGUACUUUGAAGGUGAAGAUGGAGAACUCUCUUUUUUCAAUGCUGGAGUAAGAGUAGGUGUUGGAAUAGGCCUUAGCGUCUGCCUUGGAAUUGGAAUAGGUGUCGGUUUGCUUGUUAAAACCUACCAAGGAACAACACGCACUUUCAGAAGACGGUUCUUCUAAUCACGACUUUCUCAUUCACCCUUUCUUCAACUUGCUGCUAAUAGCGGUUUCAGUCAACCAGUAAGUAAUGUGUUAGCAGCGAUAAUGCAUGGGUAAAGCUACUGCAACAAGAAAAGACAUAAGCGUGGAUGCUCUAAGCUCAUAGGGCUCUGCUUAUGAAGCAAGGUUUGAUCUGAAUACGCUUGUUGAGUUGUUUCAUCAUGUAAAAACACACUCUAUAGAGUAAUCGUGUAAGACACAAUGAAGAGUCGAUUUAGGUUAAUGUGUAAUACGCUUUUGUUCUUUUCUACAAAAAGAAUGUGUAUUGGUUACCAGUUUUGUUUACGAGAUUGGAGAUGUAAAAAUAUCCAUGAAUGUGUUUUUUGAGUUGUAGAUCUCUCUGUCUUGUGUAUAUUAUGGUCUAGAAUGAUCAGUUUUCUACUGUUAGACAGAGCCUUGUUGUGCUUGUAUAUUUGCUCUGUUUGAAUUUUUUUGGACCAUCAAUGCGCAACUCUUAAAGUUUGUUUUCGCUUA